AUGUCCCGAGAACUCGCACCGCCCCCAGACACCGACCUUGAAAAUGCGCUCCGGCCCUCCACAUCGCGCAAGAAAGUGAGUCUCGCGUGCCUCGCCUGCAGACGGCGUCGGACCAAGUGUGACGGGGGCGUGCCCUGCGCUUCCUGCCUUUCACGAAAUACCGAGUGUGUCAAAGACGAAUAUGAUGAUGGACGGCGGAAGCUCGCCGUCAAACGACGGUUGGAGUCGCUGGAGAAGGACCGCCACCUGCUAGACGCCCUACUCAAUGCCCUGGGCACCGGAGGGCCGAACCAGCUGCAUGCUCUUAUCAGUCUAAUACGAAGCAGCGCCGGACGGCAGGAGCUCGCCAGCUUUCUAGAAAACGGGUUCGGCGGCAUCGGAGAAGUCGGAGUCCAGAACCAUCGCCACGAGACGUCGUCGCCGACGUACAGGAGACAUCGCGCUCGCCUGGGUCGGAUUCAAGACAUUGUGAAUCCCCCAAUAUCCGUCCCCGCCAACCCGUGGACGACGGUGACCGACGACGACGACUUUGUCUCGCAUCUCAUGUCCCUGUGGUUUACCUGGGCUCAUCCGUGGUGGCACUGGGUGGACGAGGCUCUCUUUCUGGAAGCAAUGAGAUCGGGCGACACCUCCAGCCUGAUAUGCACCCCCUACUUGGUCAACAUGAUCCUCGCCGACGCCUGUCUACUCGACACCCUCGAAGAAGAUGGCACGGAUCCCAACAUGGUGAUUCGGGAGCAUUUCUACAACGAAGCCAGAAGGGGGCUGGAUGCCCAAGAAGGCGAAGUGUCGCUGGCCAUGGUGGCGACUUUGGGGGUGCAAUGGACAUACCUGAACAUAAACGGUCAAGACAAACUAGGGAACGGCGUCCUGUACCAGCAAAUCUUCCUCUCCAAGAGCCUGAACAAGUGGCGGCAAAGGAUCGCCCAAAGGUCCUCCAUGACCCCCGAGUUCCUGGCCAAAAUCGACUUCUGCCUGUGUCAACUCGAGUGGACCCUGUACGCGCUCAAUCCCCUCAUCGGCCUCGCGUUGAAGCAGGUCCGGGUCUUUGACCGGCCGUCGCGACCGAAACCCACCUCCCACUCCGUCGGCUGUGCACAACACCAGCCCGUGUGCUGGACCCCGUACCCGAUCCCCUACACGAGCGUCGAGUGGCACCCCACCUGCCACUACCUCGCCUUCAUCUCACUCGCGGAGAAGGCCACCUUGGACGAGACGCUGUUCGAAGAGAAACAGCAAAGCGACAGCGAAGUUGCCAAGGACAAGUUUGCAAAGGUCUACCACGAGGUGGAAGACUGGCCGGCGCAUCUCCCCGGGUGCAUGAAACUGCAUGACAGGGCCAUGCCCCAUGUCAUUGCCUUACACGCACUUCACAGUUGGGUCAACGUGACAAUUUCUAAGCAAACAGCUGCCCUCGACGCCGGACACUCGAGCCGGCCGUCACUGGCAGAGACGCCACAAUCUAGCGCGCAGAGCCACUGGAUGGAAGUGUGCAUAGCAGCGUCCAAAAAUAUCAGCAACCUCCUCGAACAGAUCCGGCUGAAUUGGGGCGCAGACCACUUCCCCGUCAUUAUCAUGCAGCCUGCGACCAUCGCGGCGUUCACCUUGCUCGAACAGCUGAACGACCGACCCGAGUCUCAGGAGGCCUUCUUCAAACUGUGCGUCAUCCUUCGCGCGGCGAGCCGGAGGUUCCGCGUGAGUCGGGGAGUCCUGCGUUUGUUGCGACACAAGGUCAAGGAGAACGGCGUCGUCCUGUCCGACGAGUGCUACCGCUUGCUGGCCGACUAUGACACCAGGAUGGACGUGGAUCAGAAGGUGAGGGCAACCAUGGAUAACAUCGGGCUGGAAUAUCUGCUGGAGAAGUGGGAUGAUUUGGAUCUCGAUGAAGUAUGA